UCAGGAAAAGCCAUGGCUCCAGCCUCUCUACCUUCCUUCUAUGGCCUUGGAAGACUUACUCCUAGAAGCAAGGUCCGUCUAGCGCUGCAAACAAGAGCUCACGGCUCAGCAGAUGAAGGGAAUUCGUCGCAAAUAAGCAUCGUUGAUGCGAACAUGGGUGCGCUCAGAGAGAGAAUGGUGAAGUUGAGAACGCAGGAGAGAUUGCAAAGGUGGUGCAAUGGUGGCGAGGGCUGGUAUUAUCAAAAACAAUAUGAUUCUAGUCUCAAGAGAAGUGCAAAGCUUUCCGAGACCUUGGAGGUUGCGGAAGUAGUUGCCGGGACCUUCGGGAUGACCAUUCUCAGCUGUACUUUUUGCCUUUGCCUUGUUUCCUUGAUGGCUCAUUUGGGUAGAUGAGUAUUACGGACUACGUUAAAUUUGUUUCCUUUUUUUGUUUUUAGAUGGAAAGUCCCAUCACCAAUUCAUUAAGAGAAGGAAAUUAUGUUAAA